AAAAUAAACACACGUGCAAAAGUUUUCUGUUUUCCCAAUUUCUCACUUUUCUAAGGAAAUUCUAAGGAUUCUAAUGGAAAAUCCCGAAGGAAAUGUGCAAGAAGAAGGAGGAGAAGUUAAAAAUUCUGAAGAAUUCCUAAAAUUCGGAGAGGAAAGUGAAAAUCAAGCGAAUGAGGAGGAAGAUGAAGUUCCAGAGAUUUCCUGGUUCCGCUACCAAGACAAGGAGCAGAAAUCUGAGAAGAAGAACAAGAAGGGAAACAAAGUGAAAGCGCAGAAGCCAAAGAAGGGCGAUGAUGAGCCAGAUGACGAGGAGAAAGCUCUCAUGGAAGCAAUCUUUGGGAAUAAAGAGAAGCUCAUUGAGAAUUUGGACAGUAAACCGGCUAAGGAGGACACCAGUGAGGAGAAGAGUAAGAAAAGGAAGCUAGCUUGGAAGGAUUCCGACGAUGAGGAGGUUACAAUUGAGGAGGGUUUGCAGAAAUCUCACAAAAAGUCUCUCCUUCUGGAUCCAAAGACAGAGUACCGGAAAUUCCUCAGUAAGAAGUACCAGAAACUCAUGGGAACACCCAAAUGGGCUGAUAUGGAUCGUGAAGUGAGUGAUUCAGACGAAGAGGAUGCCGAUGAGCUCCUCAAGACGGUUGGGCAUGUGCUGAAGGGGAAGAAAGGAACUCUCCUGGAGAAUUCAGUUGAAUUCAAAAGGCUCAAGGAUCUCAACAGAUCCACCUACUGCGAAGGCCUCAUCACAUCCGUUGACUUCCAUCCCACAUCCAGAGUAGCCUUGGUGACAGGCAGAUCCGGAAUUGCGUCGAUUUAUUCAAUUGAGAAGACAAAAUGCGAUAAAUUGCACAGCAUUCAAUUCCGGAAGUUCCCCCUGAAGUGCUCGAGAUUGUCCAGGGAUGGCAGUGAGGCAAUCCUGGGCAGCUCCUUCAAUCACUUUUUCACCUAUAACCUCAUCACGGGUCAAAAGGGGAAGCACCUCCUCCCGCGACACGUUACAAGUAUGCGUCAAUUUGAAAUUUCCCCCGAUGGGGAACUUCUGGCCAUUGCUGGACGCUUCGGGGAGAUUCAUGUGCUCAGCGUGCGGACCCGAGAAUGGAUUGCCACGCUCAAGCAGGAGCACGAAGUCACCGCCAUGGCAUUUGCUCCGGAUUCCCGGACACUCUUCGUCCACAGCUGCGAUGCGGAAGUCUCUGUGUUUGAUUUGCGCGCUGAGAAGAUGAAGCAUCGCUUCUACGACGAUGGCUGCCUCUCCGGGACAUCCUUAAGUGUGAGCCCCAAUGGGAAAUUCCUCGCUGCAGGCAGUGGUCAGGGAAUUGUCAACGUUUACGGGACCGACGAUGUCCUCGCCAGCAAAACUCCAAUCCCAAUGAAAAUCUUCCGGAACCUCAUAACUCCCAUCUCUUCCACAACAUUUAAUCCCACUUCAGAACUUCUGGCCAUGUGCUCAAAUGAGAUAAAUGAUGCCCUGCGGUUGGCACACUUCCCAAGUGCCCGGCUGUACUCAAACUUUCCGGGAAAUAAUUUAUCCAAAUCCCGGCCGAAUGUUCUUCGUUUCUCCCCUGGUGGGAGGUACCUGGCUGCUGGGAAUAUCAACGGGAGGGUAUCUCUGUACCUCUUGAAGCAUUUUGAGGAUUUUUAGAGAAGAAAAAACAAAUAAAAUUGUAUCGUUUUA